AUGGCUGGAGUCUGCAAGACACUGCCCUGGUUGGUACUAUGUCUGCUGAUCGUGCUGAUGUCACAACGCGCGGCGCAGGGUUACGAUCCAACCGAUAAGGAGAUUGAACAUAUUGUCCCACCCAAGGGAACGUUCGAGGCGUUCUACCCCCGGGAAAUGUAUGGCGUCAAGAACGGCAACGCACGUCCUGCCCACGCGCACGGUAGCUUCUAUGCGCACCGUAAUCCGGCCCUGGUUGAGGUGCGCAAUGCAGCCGCAUACGGAUUCCGGUUCGAUGGUAAACGCCGGUUCAAUUUCGAUUAG